AUGGCGCGUAAACCUGGUCCGGGCUACGUACGGACGCAUCGCGGUCUCGUUGAUGAGCGGCGGUACGCACUCAAACCGUCAGAGCGCGAGGAGUUCGCACUUGGCGCGCGAAUCGUCGGCGUGUCCACUGGGCGCGUUCACAAGUCGAAGACCGUCGAGUGUCGCCUCGACGUCCGCUUCGAGCGCGCGCGUGGUGCACGAAUCGACGUGUAUUGCGAAUCCGUACCCGUGGCUGAUUUCAUAGCGGGCAAAAUUGGUACCAAGCGGCACGGCGAAUUCGUCGCCGACGCGCAAACGCCGCCGCUUCGCGCCGAAAUGUGCGAACGCAUCUUCAAGCCCAUCCGGGCUGCUCUCGACGAAAACGGCUGGGAGAAGAACGGUUCGAUUGACCUGUUUUUCAACGCGCAAACAAACUUUUUGCCCGCGGGGCACGUGAACCUUUCCGGAUCGUUGCGCGAAUUUGUGGCGCAACACCUCGACCCCCUCGACGGGGCGAGAUUCGCCGUCGUUUCAUUCGACGCCUCCACGGCGCGGCACCGAUUGCGCUGGGACUCGGACGAACUCGCCGCGCGUGCGCCGUGGCGUGUGAUCCGAUUUGACACGGCCGAGCUCGUGGACUUGACGUCGUCUGAGAUGCGCACCAUGUGCUUGUGGCGCGCCGGCGCGCGCACGGAUUUCAUGACGUCCGCCAUGAAACGCAUCGCACGGUAUGAACGAUCAAACGCGUCCAAGAGGAGGCACAACAAACGUAACGUCCAAAUCUUUUUGCAAAGAAAGGUGCGAGAUCAAUUCGCGCAAAUGAACGGUGCGCUCGGAUUAGCCGUCGCUCGGCACGUCGUCGAGAUUGGCGCCGGAAGCGCGCUGUCGAGUUGCGAAAUCGCAGCGGCGUCGGCUAAAACCGUCGAUGGACGCGCCGUCGUCUGUUACGCACUUGACCCGCAUAUUCGGUCACUUGCCCAUGACUCGGCGCGUAACAACCCAAGCGUCGUGCUUGUCGAGCAAUGCAUAGAGGACAUAGACGUGAGCAGGAUUCCUCCGAUUGGCGUUGUGCGAUUCGUACUCGCCGCUCCCGAAUGCGCCGCCGUGUCCGUCGCCGCGGCGCCGCACUACGCACAUCUUCGUGAAAGAUUUGGCGACGCUUUCGGCGAUCUCAUUCGCGCGUGCGCCGUUCGGCUCACGAGCGCCAUGACUCGGUCGUGUGUUGACUUCAUCAAAUACGUGAACGCGCCGGCGGUGAUUGAAAAUCCAAGUGGUAACGUCAAAGCUGGGCUCUUUAACGAGCGAAUUCCAUUUUAUGGAUGGCGCUUACGAGUCGUCGAUACUUCGUAUUGCAAGUACGACACGCGUGAGGAUGGUUUGUUUAGAAAACACACCACAUUAGUCACCAAUGUUCCACAUUUGGUAUUGAAGGCGCCGUGUUCGCGCGCGCAUCCGUGCCGGGACGUGCGAAACAACGGACGCCAUGCGCGGCGUUGUUCGCACACGGGAGCUACCCGGGCUGAGUCAAAGCUCCAUCCGCCGGCAUUGAUACGCUCAAUCGUGGAGCAAGUUGAUGUAUUCAUUGAUCGCCUUUCCAGUGCGCACUUCACGCGCGAUGAAGACGACGACGCCGAGGAGCGCGCUGGAGCGCUCAUCGAUGCCGCGACGCUCCCGCGCGACGAUGAACUCGUCGACGCCAUGCGCGGAUGCAAGGCGGCGCGUCGGUCAAUUCAAGGCAUAGAGCGUAUUGUUUGCCGCAAAUUACAAUAG